AUGGAAGCGGGUCACGGAUGCGGGGCAGCGCGGCAGCGAAAGGGGCCCCUCUCCGUGCUGUUCGUUGCCGCGGCGCUCCUGGCGACUCUUGGCGGCGCGCUGCUCUUCGCCCAGGCGAACGUCGAGACACCCAAGCCGACGCCGUACGUUCGUCGCACCUACGAAGCGAAGGUGCCCUUCUUUACCCAGUACUGGUGGGUUGGCUUCGUCAUCAUGAUCCUUGUCUUCCUGCUGGUUGUCAUGGUGCUCUACGCCGCGGUGCAGCACCACUUCAAGCACUCAGAGCAGCUCCGUCGCAGGAAGGAAAUCGAGAUGAGUCGAACGCGCAUCGAGAGCAGCAGCGUUGAUGACAAGGCAAGGAGCCAGGGUGCGGACCAGUGCAGCCGAAGCAAGCAGUCGUCGUACAGCAACCCGCUGCACACUCCUCUCUGA